CUGAAUCCCCACGUCAACGACUUCCAAAGGCGCUACGUCAGCGAGGUCAGACGAUGCAGCGAGAUGGAGAGGAAGCUCCGGUGGGUCAGCGGGGAGUUGCCAGAACCACCUCCUCCGCCCAAGCCUGGCCCUCGGUCCCUCAGUCCGAGGGAGAUCAACAUACUUGAGGAAAGAAUAGAUUACAUUGAAUCAGAAAUCCAAGAGAUCACCAGAAACGCACAAAACCUGAAGACGGAUUACUUAUCUCUGAUCGAGCUGAAGAUCCUCAUCGAAAAGACGCAGACCUUCUUCCAAGACCACUCAGCCCAGAAGAAGAUUUCCACGUCUGUUGCGAUAUACAACAACGAAGCGUUGGGACACCUAGGGUUUAUAGCUGGUGUGGUGGCGACACCCAGGGUGCCGUCCUUUGAGAGGAUGCUAUGGAGGAUAUCCCACGGGAACAUAUUCUUCAAGCAGUCCCAAAUUGAUCAGCCGUUAAAGGAUCCUGUUACGGGUCACGAGCUCCAAAAGACAGUUUUCGUGGUGUUCUUCCACGGGGAGCAGAUCAAGCUCCGCGUGAAGAAGGUUUGCCACGGGUUCCAGGCCACGCUGUACCCCUGCCCUGCCACCUUCAAGGAACAGCAGGAGAUGCUAGCUGGCGUCGACACCAGGAUUAAGGACUUGAAGAUGGUUCUAGAACAAACGGAGCACCACCGGCGACUGGUCCUGGCUAACAUAGCAAGAGACAUCAGCACCUGGAUGGUGGUAGUGAGGAAGGAGAAAGCCAUCUACCACACUAUGAACAUGUUCAGCAUGGAUAUUGUGAAGAAGUGUCUCAUUGCUGAGUGCUGGGUGCCGAAACGGGACAUGCCUUUGAUGCAGAAGGCGUUGGACGAUGGCGUGAAAGCAAGUGGCAGUCCAAUCCCGUCCAUACUGCACCACGUCCCCACCAGAGAAAUACCACCGACGUUCAACAGGACCAACAAAUUCACUAGGGGCUUCCAGAACCUUAUUGAUUCCUAUGGAAUCGCCAGCUAUAGAGAAGUUAAUCCAGCUUUGUACACAAUUAUAACAUUCCCAUUCUUAUUCGCCGUAAUGUUCGGGGACGUGGGCCACGGGCUCAUCAUGACAAUAUUCGCCGCCCUCCUCGUGAUAUACGAAAAGAGAUUCGCGAAAAUGAAAACAGACAAUGAAAUAUGGAACAUAUUCUUCGGUGGUCGGUACAUUAUACUUCUGAUGGGUAUAUUCUCAAUAUACACUGGCUUGAUAUACAACGAUUUUUUCUCGAAGUCGCUCAAUAUUUUCGGUAGCAGUUGGAAGAAUGUGUACGACGGUAAGACAUUAGAGAACCAUAAAAGCCUUGGUUUGGACCCAGCGGAGUCUUACACGCAGUCUCCGUAUCCUUUUGGAUUGGAUCCUGCAUGGCAGUUUGCAGAAAACAACAUUAUAUUCCUCAACUCCUACAAGAUGAAGCUAUCAAUAAUAUUCGGAGUGAUACACAUGGCGUUCGGGGUGACAUUGAGUGUGGUAAACUUCAACUUCUUCAGGAAGACAGAAAUGAUAUGGCUGCAGUACAUCCCACAGAUACUGUUCUUGUUGCUGCUGUUUUGGUAUUUGUGUAUAUUGAUGUUCAUGAAAUGGACCAUGUACUCUGCGGUGGCGACAGACCCGGCUUACGGCACCUCCUGCGCCCCGUCUGUGCUGAUAAUCUUCAUCAACAUGAUGCUACUAAAGGAGUCUGAGUCAAAGGCACCCUGCCACGCGUACAUGUAUGAUGGCCAGGAUGGUCUCCAGAAGACUUUCUUGGUAUUCGCCCUAUUGUGCGUCCCGGUCAUGCUGUUUGGGAAGCCAGUGUUUAACAUACUGGCGGCUAAGAAACAAAGAAACUAUCGGCAAGGGGUCGAAAGCGGUGACGUCACGCCUGAAGAGGAGCCGCAAGAGGCAGUGGGAGAGAUGAUGAUCACGCAAGCCAUCCACACCAUCGAGUACGUGCUGGGGACAGUAUCGCACACCGCCUCCUAUCUGCGGCUGUGGGCUCUAUCGCUGGCGCAUGCUCAGCUAUCAGCAGUGCUAUGGCAGCGGGUGCUAAAAAUGGGCAUGGCGCCUCUGGAUUCCGAAGGCCAAAUGCUUAGCAUAGGCUUCUCGAUACUGUACGGGAUAAAGAUGUUUGUGAUCUGGGGCGUGUGGGCCUUCUUCACGCUGGCCAUACUGGUGCUGAUGGAGGGACUCUCGGCGUUCUUACACACGCUCAGGUUGCAUUGGGUGGAGUUCAUGAGCAAAUUCUACGAGGGUCACGGUUACGCCUUCCUGCCGUUCUCCUUCUCAGCGAUGCUGGAGCAUGACGAAGACGAGAAACCCUCGGAAACCAACGGAGGCCCGCCGGAGUGACGCGGCUCUCCACGAUAUAUCUCUAGCAAUAAUUAAACCAGUAUCAUCGAGUAAAUUUUCCAAAUUAGUUAAGAUUAAGUUUGGCCAGUAUGACAGAGGAAUAAUGGGGUCAUCUGCAGAAAGAGAUUGUGGCAUUCAGGUAACCUAUAAAAGGUACCUAACUAACGAAUCUUUGCGAGUUUACACUGAAGGGCAAAAUGAAUCUGUAACAGAAGCAAUCUCUUCAAAGGAACGCAAAAUAUGUAGUGAUUUGAAAGAUUUCAUUUAUUUUAAAAUCACUGAAAAAUUUUAAUGAUCAUGGUUAAAGGUCAACCCUCCACUUGCGGUACUCGCCAAUUGGUAGAUGAAAAAAAUAUUUUAAGACAAACGUAUUUUUCUAUUCAAGAAAUAAAAGUCAAAAUAGGCAAACUGGUAGAGUUGGAAGUAAGUAUACCUAUGAGAUGACCCCUAAGAAACUGUAAGUAAUCGAUAGUGUGCUGUUGAAUUUAGAGCAAGUGUUUGUAUUUUGAAAUUAUCGUUAGUACGAGUACAUAUUGUAAUUUUAGCAUUGUGUUCAAUGAGCGACAUGAUAUUAUAGGGUUACAUCUAAUGACGCACGCCUGAUAGAAAAAUACAAGUGAUCAUAUCAAUGAAUAGUUAUAUUUUUGUGCAAUUUUAAUAUGUAAUUUACAAGAAUUUAAUAGUGCCUUUAUCAAAUCAAGUGCUUUUCGUCACAUUGUGUGGGACUCCGAGUAAUCCAUGUAGCAGGUAGCUUUCCCCAAAACCUCAGGCGAAUCAUAUUCUAAAGCCAGAACGCACAGAUGAAAAAUAAAUAGGUAUAGCUAAACCUAACGAUGCAAAAACGAAAUAGCCACACCUGUAGGCCUAAGAUGCGCGCCGUGAUAACUUUUAUCGACGUCAAAAUGUAUGGGCAAAAUCGAUAAAAUGGCGUGAUAACCGCUUAUCGCGCAUCUUUGGCCUACUGGACCCAGCCAGGUAAGACCACUAAUGCUGAGUUCACACGACUGUACAACACUUCAAAAAAACUCUUCUUAAUUAUUCAGUUAUUUUUUUCCGUAAACUCGUCGUCGUUGAAAGGCGUAGUUUUUAC